AUGGACGACGUUCCUUUUGACGAACUUCCUCACGAUGACUAUGGUCCGUGGAUGCUUGCGAUUAUUUGGGGGCUUGGGGCCAUAGCUGGGGGCUUCAUGGGAUUACGACUUUACUGCAAGUUAACGCGACAACGAGGUUUAUGCUUUGGUGAGAUUGUUUUCGCGCCGAAUCUUGGCAUCAUCGCAACUGACACCUACAAGCUUGCAUACAUAACGUUCGGCGUCUUCAUCUCGAUCGACGUUUCGUACGACUUUGGCAAGCAUAAUUGGGACAUCACGCCAGGCAACUGGUCUUGGCUUCUCCUCCACGCCAAUCUGUCUGGCUCCUUUUCCAUCAUUGCGGCAUGCUGGAGCAAGACGUCUUUCGCACUGACGCUGCUGCGCAUUGCGAACUCGCGGUGGAUGAAGUAUUUGAUCUGGUUCAUCAUGAUCUCGGUCAACAUCGCGCUUGGCCUCAACGUGCUGUUCACCUGGAUCCAAUGCACGCCUGUCGAAAAGACAUGGCGGACGGCUUCGACCCCCGGGACGUGUUGGGACAAGAGCAUACCGAUGAACUACAACACAUUCACGGCAUCCUACUCUGGCGCCAUGGACAUUGUGCUUGCUAUUCUUCCGUGGAAGAUAAUCUGGGGCCUCUCUAUGACGAAGAAGGAGAAGUUCGGUGUUUCGCUCGCGAUGAGCAUGGGUGUCUUCGCUGGCAUUGUUUCAUUUAUCAAAAUCAAGACGAUCACGGCCAUCGGGGCCUUCGACAUCAUUGACACAGUCGAGCUUGUAAUAUGGGGCGCUGCAGAGAGUGCUGUCACCAUCAUCGCCGCGUCAAUACCCAUCCUUCGAGCACUGUUCCGCGACUACAAGCCGCCACCGGCUCGCUUCAUCAGCGACGAGGAGUCGAUGCUUCGUCGGCUGGGUGAGGCAUCACUGCGGACGAUGACGAGACCACAAACGGCGGGGAUAAGGCGCUCGAGAUCGGAGAUGGAACUGAUCGAGAUAGACAGGAGCCUUGGUUCCAGAGGAUAUGCAGACAAAAACGACCUAGCGUUGCAAGCGUGGAAAGGGAGGGACGAAAACUUCGACUCCAAGAAGGAGAUUGGGAAUGGAGCAACGCUGUCGUCGCAAUUUGAUGCAUUUGGGAGAGGGGUUCAAGAGCCGAAACGCACUCACGUGAGGAACUUCUCCCGGAAGGAAGUGAAGUUAGUUCCUCUCCAGUGA